AUGUCCGUCAGCUCCCCAGAAGUUUCCGUGCCUCUGAUUUCAGAGGAUAUAGAUCGUGACCCAAUUCAUCUACUUCGGUCAAUGGAUCUGUUGGACUCUGCCGAAAGUGAACUAUGGCAGACUCGCCAUGACAUGAUCAACAAGGAAGUCCAGGACAUAAUGGUGGAUGUAGUUGUGUUAUUCACUGCGUUGCCAGUGUUAAAGGAUGACCACGAUGUGCUUCAGAGAUGGUACAUUGCGUUUGAGUCUCUUUUUGAUAUUGUGAAGGGUAUGCGUCAGGUUAUGGACUCGGAUGGUGUUUUUCUGGCAGAAGAUCUCGAAGGCAGACAUGGUCGUCUCUAUCUGAGCAUUGAACGUGAAUACUUUGUCACAUGCUUCUUUGAGGAGUUCCACGAUAUCUUGUCUCUGUCGGAGCUCCUAGGCGACUUACAGGAGGAGUAUUCAUGGACGGACCCAAUUGAAGACCUGAUUGGGUUGUACAAGUUUAUUCUUGACAGGUUGAGUGGGUCCGGAGGAAACGCUCACCGAAGAUCACGAAGAAUGUCUCGCCGUACAGUAUCAACCAAUGAAGAAAUAGAUGCUGCUAAUGCUGAUAAAGAGCUGGUAAUUCGGAAUAUCAAGCAAUAUUUGGACCUGUUGGUGGAUACUGGAAGUAAUAGUGAUGAAUCCUCUGCAAAUCUUAUGGUGAUUGCAAAAGCGAUUGACUUGCUGGAGGAUACGAGUGUGCAACGAUUUCUCCUGCUGUUUCGGAAAAGAGAGUUUUACAAAUUGUACUCGCCGGUGCAGAAAUCAAUCAAUGGUGAAAUCUUCGUGAAGGUGUUAGCGAAGUACUACCUUGAGUAUGCGAUCGACCCUCGUAUAUUCAAUGCACCAAGCUACGAAACGAUUGUCAAAGAGAUUCUUUUGGAUCCACUUUGUGAUUCUGACGUUCAGAAUAAUCCUAGCAGGUUGUGA